ACUUUAGCUUUGUUAAGACCUCGACUUUAUUUCAGAUUUAGCGCUUUCAAACAUCGAAGACCUGCCAGAUUUAUCCACCUACCAAACCAAUCUCAUCCAAAACUCAACAUUUUAGAGCACAAUUUUUGUAAUAAAUUUCCAUCCAAUCAUAUCUCCAUUUCCUCAUAUUCCAACUUCGGAUUCCUCCGCCAAACAAUUAGCCGUCGCCUCUGAAAAUUUCGCACUAGUUUUUUCGAAAGCCGCAGUUUAUAUAUCUUCAAUUUCUGGCGUUUCGUCGAAUAAGUGCAGACAUUGAGAUUGUGAUCAAAGCCUGGAUACAUCAUGAAGUACUUGGAAUACACUCCUCUUGACAGAAUAAAUGAUUUCUUGAGUCGUGUAACUCUUGGACAACGUACUAUUGAAGGAUGCCUGGAAGCUUACUCGUGCAAACAUACCGGAACAGAUAAGAAGCUCUCUCUUAGCUUGGAGAAUGAGAUUCUUGAUCAUCUUGGAAAGUCUUCGGAUACUGACUCUUCUUCACCUGUGGAAUAUCUAUUUAGUAGAUCCAGUCGGAAGACAUUGAUUUAUCUACUUCUUAUUCUUCAUCACAUGUAUCCAGACUUCGACUUCAGUGCAGUCAGAGUUCACGAGUUUUUCACUGAAGAAAGCUGGGACAGUUUUAAGCAGAUAUUUGAUGUUUACAUGCUUGAAGCGUCAAAGGAGUGGCUCCAGGAGAAUGAAGGAGGUUCCUUGCUCGAGACCUUGUACAAGGCUUUAGAUGAGGUUGUAAAAUUGUCAGAAUGUGAAAUCUACAGCUACAACAACCCGGAUGCUGAUGCAGAUCCACUACUGGAGAAAGGAGCCAUAUGGUCAUAUCAUUUCUUCUUCUACAAUAGAAAGCUCAAGCGUGUUGUAAGCUUCCGUUUUAGCUGUUUAAGCACCUUGGUUAGUGAAGGGUUUCAUCUUGAUGAGUCGAGUCUAGAGGAAGAUGGAGAAAUAUUCGACGGCAUGGACAUGUGAUGAAGCAAUCUCCGUAAUCCUGUGAUUGUAUAAUCUUGAAAAAAUUCCUGUAUCAAACCUCUUGAUCGAUGUAUGUAGCUUGGGCAUGUAGGGUAUGCAUUCUUUUGUUUCUGGUAGUGUAUAUGCCAUUCCCUUAUGUAAAUACUGGUUACACCGUAAGGCUGCAGAUGCGCCUCUGCUUUCUGCUUUAGAACUUGCAGACUAUAGCUUACUUCAUAAGAUGUCGAGAUUUAUCAUAUAAAUCCCAAAAUGUCCUUUUUUUUGUGCUUAAUGUAGAUCUUUUGUUGGAAUC